GUAUUGAAAAAGAAGGGAGGAAAUCAUAGACAAACUUCUGGCAGUUUCACAGUGUUACAACAGGACGAUCUGACUGUGGAAAAGAGUACUCAACUCUACCUGCAACAGAUGGUGUGGUCUCCACAGAGCCUUGAUCUCACUGUCAUGGAGUCAGUCUGAGAUUACAUGAAAAAGACAAGAAACAGAAGAAACUAUUGAAGCUGGGAAUGCAGCCUCCGCUCCCAACCGAAGCCGUCAGAGAGCUGGUGUGCUCCUGUCUGCACAGAGACCCGGUUGCAGCAGACCUCCGCUGCAGCCUGUUUGUUGCUGCUGCACAGAACUACAAGCGGGACUCUUUGCUCAGACCCUUCCCCCCCAGAUACCUUAGUGAUGACAAUAAGGACUUUGAGGAGCUGCUGGGAGAUGUGAAGUCUUUGCCUGGUGUCAGAGAGUUGGUGAGACUGCGACCUGGAGAGGCAGAUCAUCAUCUGGCUCUCACACACUGGAUUCUCUCUUCAAACAGCUUUGCUGUGAAGACACUGCAGAAGGAUGAGUAUGCCAAACUGUGCAGCUUGACAGAAAAUGAGGGGGUGUCUGCGCCUGUGCCUGACUUCCUCUUUGAGGUGGAUUACUGUGACCAGUUGAACGCCAGGUUCGAGAAGACAAGGGCAGGACGAGACGUCUUCUAUGCAUUCCACGGGAGCCGCCUGGAGAACUUUCACUCAAUCAUUCACAACGGGCUGCACUGUCACCUGAACAAGAACUCAGUGUUUGGAGAGGGGACCUACCUCACCAGUGACCUCAGCAUGGCUGUCCUCUAUAGUCCCCACAGCAGCAGCUGGAAAGACAGUCUCCUGGGUUCACUGCUCAGUUGCGUUGCCUUGUGUGAAGUCAUUGAUCAUCCAGAUGUUAAGUGUCAGGUCAAGAAAAAAGAUUCUGAAACCAUCGACCGUCAGCGCUCCAGAGCAAAGAACAGUGAAGGAGGCGACGUCCCACAGAAGUACUUUGUUGUCACCAACAAUCAGCUUCUGCGAGUCAAGUACCUGCUGGUUUACUCUCAGAAGAGGCACCUGUCCAGACAUUCCCGCAGCUCCUCCUGGUUCACGCGACACCAUUUUGCCAUCAUGAUGAGUCUCUACCUUCUGCUGCUCAUAUUCAUCGGUGCCUUUAACUCCAACACCUUCGUAUCCUUUUGGAGCAGACUCUUCAGGUGAUGAGACAACGGGACACACGGCCUGGAUGUUGCUUUAUCCACGGUGCCUUCCUGAUCCGAGACUGACCGAAGGCCCGAGCAAAGAUGCACCUUUACAUUGUUUGCCCUUCGAAACUGUUCUCUUCUUUAUUUAUGUAUAAGUAGCUCAGAAUACUGUUAUACAAAGAUAACAUAUCUUUUCAAAUAGCGCCCAUAGCUGCUACUGUGUAUUGAGAUCUGUUGAAAGUGUCAGAAGAUCAUUCUGCAUUUUAAGAAGUUUAUGCAACUUUCCUCUGUAAUUUGUAUUGUUUAGUAAAGAUUCAGUUUUAUAAAUAA